AUGGUGUAUGAGUUCACUAAGUCAAACCUCUUGCAGAGUCUAAGCCGACUUUAUAAAAGUCUUCCAUCUAAGAUAAACCACUACAGCAAAGUUCACGUGAAUUUAUUUUUUAGUAGUUCGCUUCACAUGUCAAAACUACUUGGACGCUAUUUAUUGUUGGGUCGAGUCUCUUAUAUUAAGAAUACUUUGGCUUUUUAUCACCCUAAAGUCAUUGAACAUUACGAACGGCCAAGAAACGUAGGUUCCCUUAAUAAGUCCGAUCCUCGGGUUGGUACUGGCCUUGUUGGUGCCCCAGCUUGUGGUGAUGUUAUGAAGCUACAAAUCGAGGUUGACGAGAACAAUGUUAUUACCAAUGCCUGUUUUAAAACUUUCGGUUGCGGCUCUGCCAUCGCUAGUAGUUCGUUGGCUACAGAACUUAUUAAGGGAAAGACUAUCGAAGAAGCAUUAACUUUAAAAAAUUCAGCAAUUGCUAACGAACUCAAGUUGCCCCCUGUAAAAAUUCACUGCUCCCUUCUCGCUGAAGACGCUGUUAAGGCGGCUGUUUUAGAUUAUCAAAGUAAACAAAAGGCAAACAGGAUACCUUAA